AUGUCGACGCAAAAGUUCGGACAAGAGGGGAGGAAGGAAGGCUUGAACUUCCUUGAACUAGAUUUUGAUUUCUAUGAGAACCCUGACACCAUCGAAGACCAUGAUUUCUGUGGCAAAGAGCUCGUCCGUCCUCUCUACUGUGUUCUCCACGAUACCAAGCCUCUCAGGUGUGUGGCUUUUGAAGGAAGUAACACGGGGAGCAGGUUCUACGGCUGUGCUGUGAAAAGAGGCGUGAACUGUGGAGUCGUCGAAUGGGUUGACCGUCCAUGGCCUAUCAUUAUGCAGAGGUGCCUACUCAAGCUCUGGGGGAUGUUAGAUGAGAGCAAUGAUGAUAGGCAAGCAAAGGAUGAAGAGAUAAGCAGGCUUAAAAUGGAUAAUGAACAAGUGAACCUUAAGCUCGAGAAUCUUGUUGCAGCUGUGGAAAGAACUAAUAGGUCUCUCACAAGUGCCAUUAGUAAUCUUAAGGACGACAAGGGUGAGAUUAAGCUGGACAGGGAUUUUCUGAAGGAGGAGGUGCAUAAGCUGAAGGAGAAUAGAAAGAAGAUGCAAAGCGUCAUCUGUGAUCUUUUGGGGCAAGGGUUUACGAACAUUGAUGACCUCCUGAUGAUCAAGGCAAUCCUCGAAGAAUGA